CGGUCCUGGUCGGUUCGCAUCGUUUGAAAUGAUUCAUUUCAAACCCGCUCGCGGCUCCCUCCCGCCUUGCGCAUCAGCGUUGUCAGUGCAAUGCCCAGCACGUAUCGAUGUAGCGCACAACCGUACAGAAGAGUUGCAUGCGGAAUGGCUCGUAGGCUAUCCGGCGACACGUAGAGAGAGGUGGUCAGAGAGCGACUCAACGCAAACCAUGGAACUCCCGAGUAUCUUGAUCCGAAAUGCGAAGGGGUCUCAGAAACAUUCGCUUCCUACUUUUUUUGAGAGCGUAGUUUGUGUUCUGCGUGGAGCUCGUUGAAGUCGCUUCCGCGGAUGCAUUUCCUCUGAUUUAACGAUAUGGCACAUGAUUCCAAGAUGGUCGUUUCCGAAGGCCCAAGUCUCUCAUUCCACUCCCGUCACUGCCUCACCAAGGGAAUCUGCUGUCGAGAGUACAACGUCUAUUGUUGGAUGAUCCGGGAUCGGUCAAGGCCACACUUCCAUCUCGUAAAUGCGUUGAUGCGCACACUCGGAGCGGAUCUAUAUGAACAAGACAUCGCUGACCGCAUCCUACUCCAGUUUGAAGGGCAAAGGCGUAGACGUUUCACAGAACGGUCUCUCUGUCAAGACAGACAAGAAGUUGGAUCGCGAGCAAUAUCUGGAUGCCACGCAACGCGGGUUUAUCAAGGCGUUCAACGCGUCUUCGGGUGGAAACCGUCCAUUGCCUGAAAGUGCAAACGAGACACCGCAUGGUAAACGGAGGUUUAGGAGGCGCGCAUAGGCAGAGGCGAUCUGUUCGGUGGAUCUGUCUCCUUUGUGGCAAUAUUGGGAUCUCGGACUCGUAUCUCUGUAUCUACUAGUCGAAGUCUUUUGCAAUGCUUUC